CUUUCUGUGAGUCUAAUGGCUUCUCUUCCAACUGCUCAGUUUCUCUCUCUUUUUCGUACUUUCUCGGGAAAAUCAUGUCCUCCUCGGGUUCUCGCUCCAUCACUAAAUUCUAAUCGUAGAACCGAUUCCACCGUUCACUUUACGCAGCGUGUUUCCAACUCUAAUUGCAAUGCCAAGCCUGCACAAGCCACUCUCAAUUCUUCUUCUAUAACUGAAGCAUCUGAUAUUGGAGAGAGGACCUUGACUCUUCGAGAAAUUUGCCAAGGUUGCGUACCGGAGCACGUGUUGCGUAGAAUAGAAGAGGUCGGAUUUAUUGUGCCCACAGAUGUACAGCAGCAAGCUCUGCCGGUUCUUCUUUCUGGUCGUGAUUGCAUACUCCAUGCUCAGACAGGUUCUGGAAAGACUCUUACAUACCUACUAUUGAUAUUUUCAGUGGUGAACACUAAAAAAUCUGCUGUGCAAGCACUGAUUGUGGUGCCUACUAGGGAGCUCGGAAUACAAGUCACCAAAGUAGCUCGUAUGCUAGCUGCAAAGCCUAUGGAACCUGAAUUGGAGCAGAAGUCAUGUACUGUUAUGGCUCUUUUAGAUGGAGGAAUGCUGAAAAGACACAAAAGUUGGCUAAAGGCUGAGCCCCCAACAAUAGUGGUUGCAACUGUGAGAAGUUUGUGCCAAAUGCUGGAGAAGCAAAUUUUCAAGCUAGAAUCAAUGAGGGUGCUGGUAAUUGAUGAGGUGGAUUUCAUGUUCAAUUCUUCAAAACAAGUUGGUUCUCUUCGAAAGCUUUUAACAUCAUACUCUUCAACCAAUAACCGUCAGACUGUUUUUGCCAGUGCAUCCAUCCCCCAGCACAGACGAUUCCUACAUGACUGUAUACAGCAGAAAUGGACUAAGAGUGAUGUGGUUCAUGUCCACGUGAAUCCAAUUGAGCCCAUGCCAUCAUCUCUACACCAUAGAUUUGUGAUAUGUAAUAAAUAUGAAAGGCGUCAAACUUUGCUAUCCUUAUUGCACUCUGAUGCACCUGAGUGUGGCAUAAUUUUUGUUGGUGAACAGUCUGAGAAGUCAAAAAAAGCUGGAAAUGCUCCAUCAGCAACUCUUUUAAUUGAUUUCUUGAAGACUUCAUAUGGGGGUUGUCCAGAUAUUCUUCUUCUAGAGGAAGACAUGAAUUUCAAUUUGCGUGCAGCUUCACUAUCAGAAGUGAGACAAAGAGGAGGCUAUCUUCUUAUAUCAACAGAUAUAGCAGCCAGAGGAGUCGACUUGCCUGAAACUACCCAUAUAUACAACUUUGACCUCCCAAGAACUGUUGUAGAUUAUCUUCACCGAGCUGGACGAGCUGCUAGGAAACCAUUCUCUGAUCAGAAAUGCUGUGUCACCAACAUCAUAACAUCUGAGGAGCGGUUUGUCUUGCAGAGGCUCGCGCUAAUUCCACUGAUGGCAGGGUCACGCCUCAAAGCGACGUCGUUUUGAUUAAGACAGCUAAAAAGCAUUACGGCGUAUGCUACGUCAGAAAGGCCAUAGAAAUAAUAGAAAGCGUCAAAACG